AUCGAUAAGUUUAAGAUUCAUAAGGUGGCCGAUGUGACAUUUAUAACACUCAAACACUCUGAUAACAUGACUCGUGUGCAAUCAAAUUCUACGUGUCAUACGUAGAAUCGGGUUUUCUGGUCCCUUGAAUCGGACGUCGUUGCUGACAAUAUCUUCUCUCACUCCAAAGCGGAUCUUGUAUAUUUAGCUUAAGCUAGUGAUAUAAAGACCCAGAGAGGCACAAAGAUGAAUUACGCAAUUAUCCGAUCAACUCGAAUACAUCCACCUACUUUGUUCUCAGCACCUCUGCCGUAUAACGCUGGCCGGAAAGCGUGUGGGAUCGGAUUCAGGAAGGGCGCAACUAUGGCGAGCCAGCAACCUGAUAACAAGCAUAAGACGGACAAGGCCCACAACCCAAACGAGAAAACUGGGGACGUGAUGUCUCAUUCGUUUGGCGAGGGGUACUCCACCAGGUCGGAUGAGGAAGGAUUUGGUGGGAUAUAUGGAGGCAACCAGUCUAUUCCAAAGCCUGAGCAGGAUGGGCAUGUCCAUGAAAAUCACCCUGCUUAUGACAAGUCCCAAGGGAGCGAAGUGAAGGAGAAGGAAAAAGCGAGACACCAGACCAACGCAAAUUCUUAGAUUUUAAAUACUAUCCGUAACCUUUGUUUUCCGUAUAGCCAUGGCUAACGAUGUGUGAGCUGCUGCUUGUCUUUCUCCAUGUACGUCUGUCUCUAUGUAUUAAUGUUGCUCGGGACAGCUAUUUUUUCUUCUCCCCUCUUUUUUUUUUUCCCUAAAUAAAUUUUGGCUUUUAUGUUAUAGAUCCUUGGUAUUGUUCAUGCA